CGAUUUUUUAUAUCAAAGUCUCCCGAAACGCACAAAAACAAGCUAACAAAGCGUGGAUUGUAGCGUGAAGGGAAAGGAAAGUGAAGAAAAAAGGGCUUACGAGUUGAUCAUCAACUCACUGAGUCAUCACUGAACGAGUGUUUGUUUGGAGUUGAGGAAUGGCGAAUAUCGACAUAGAGGGACUGCUGAAGGAGAUCCCGAACGAUGGGCGAGUGCCGAAGACGAAGAUCGUGUGCACGCUGGGACCGGCGUCUCGGUCGGUGGAGAUGGUCGAGAAGCUUCUCCGGGCAGGCAUGAACGUCGCUCGCUUCAACUUCUCCCAUGGAACUCACGAGUACCACCAGGAGACCUUGAACAAUCUCAGGACCGCCAUGCACAACACUCAGAUCCUCUGCGCCGUCAUGCUCGACACCAAGGGACCUGAGAUUCGAACUGGUUUUCUAAAGGAUGGAAAGGCUAUUCAACUUAAGGAGGGUCAGGAGAUUACCAUUACUACUGAUUACAGCAUCAAGGGAGAUCAGGAGUUGAUUUCCAUGAGCUACCAAAAGCUGGCUGUGGACUUGAAGCCUGGAAAUACCAUUUUAUGCGCAGACGGUACUAUUACCCUGACUGUCUUGUCUUGUGACCCAAAAGCCGGGACUGUGAGGUGCCGUUGUGAGAACACUGCAAUGCUUGGAGAGAGAAAGAAUGUUAACCUUCCUGGUGUUGUGGUGGAUCUUCCAACCCUAACUGAGAAAGACAAGGAAGAUAUUCUUCAAUGGGGUGUUCCUAACAGAAUUGACAUGAUUGCCCUGUCUUUUGUACGCAAGGGAUCAGAUCUUGUACAUGUUCGUAAGGUUCUUGGGUCCCAUGCCAAGCGUAUUAUGUUGAUGUCAAAGGUUGAGAACCAGGAGGGAGUUAUCAACUUUGACGAGAUCUUGCGCGAGACUGAUGCAUACAUGGUUGCUCGUGGUGAUCUUGGAAUGGAGAUUCCGGUUGAGAAGAUCUUCCUGGCCCAAAAAAUGAUGAUAUACAAGUGUAAUCUUGUGGGUAAGCCUGUUGUCACUGCCACCCAAAUGCUUGAGUCCAUGAUCAAGUCUCCAAGGCCAACCCGUGCCGAAGCUACUGAUGUAGCUAAUGCAGUGCUUGAUGGAACUGAUUGUGUUAUGCUUAGUGGUGAGAGUGCAGCUGGGGCCUAUCCAGAACUUGCUGUGAAGAUCAUGGCCCGUAUAUGUAUUGAGGCAGAAUCUUCUCUUGACUAUGGAGCAAUCUUUAAGGAAAUGAUUAGGUCAACUCCUCUUCCAAUGAGCCCAUUGGAGAGUCUUGCAUCCUCAGCUGUGCGAACAGCUAACAAAGCCAAAGCGAAACUCAUUGUUGUGAUGACGCGUGGCGGGACCACUGCCAAAUUGGUAGCCAAAUAUAGGCCAGCUGUUCCAAUCCUCUCUGUUGUUGUUCCAGUGUUGACAACAGACUCUUUUGAUUGGACCUGCAGCGAUGAGACUCCCGCAAGGCACAGCCUGAUUUACAGGGGUUUACUUCCCCUACUGGCCGAAGGAUCAGCUAAGGCCACCGAUGCGGAAUCCACCGAGGUGAUCUUGGAAGCUGCAUUGAAAUCUGCAAUUGAGAGGGGGCUGUGUAAGCCUGGUGAUGCAGUUGUGGCACUUCAUCGUAUUGGAACAUCCUCUGUGAUUAAGAUCUGCGUAGUGAAAUGAUGUGGUACUCGCAGAUGACCAAUAUUGCUAUGUGAGGCAGUGACAAGUUGAGCCUAUAUUUUACUUUCUGAGUCCUUAUUUUAUGCAAUGUUGCUUUCAGAGCACUAAAAAUCAGUUUUUGGCCAUUUUUCCUUGAGCUUUCUUAGAGGGUAUGAGAACCUCUGGAUUAUCUUGCUUUAUCCUGUAUUUUUCAGUUAGUCAAUGUCAUAUGACUGAUCUUAAUUUUGGCAUGGUAUAAAAAUAAGGCUUGGCUCUUUUGUAA